AUGACUUUAGGCUCGUUCCGUCACCACACUUAUUGGCAUAAUGAAAAACGACACUCCUCUAACGAUUCGGAUUUCACCCAUGUCGAGGACUCUACCAAGGAGUCGGAGGAGUUGUGGCGGGAACGACACAAUUACUAUACGCGCUAUCCUAAUGCCUGGGCAAGAUUUCGUGGAUACAUCCGCGAGCCGGCCGCCGAAGCACUGGGCUGUAUGAUUCUGAUUCUAUUCGGCAAUGGUGUAGACUGUCAAGUCGUACUCUCCGGUAACACGGGCGUUGCGCCUUCCGCUAAAGGUUCAUACCUAUCUAUCUCGUUCUUAUGGGCUGUUGGUGCUUCACUCGGUGUAUGGUGUUCGGCCGGUAUCUCUGGCGGGCACAAUAACCCUGUAAUCACGCUCAUGCUUGCAAUCUUCCGCGGAUUUCCUUGGAAGAAGGUCCCCGGCUAUGUCAUCGGCCAAAUCUUUGGUGCAUGGAUGGGCGCGAUGCUCACUUAUGCCAACUACUUCCACGCAAUUGAUGUUUACGAGGGCGGGAAAGGCAUACGCACUACGCCAGGGACGGCAUCUCUGUUCGCUACCUAUGCUCUCGACUACCUACCUGCAGCCGCAUGCUUCUUCGACGAGGUCCUCGGGACCUUCAUCCUGGUGGUGGUGGUGUUCGCCGUUACAGACAAGCGUAAUGGCCCGCCUCCCGCUGGCUUGCUGCCGCUCGUCAUCUUCAUCCUCAUCCUGGGUCUCGGCGCUGGUUGGGGUAUGCAGACGGCGUAUGCCAUCAACCCAGCCCGUGACCUUGGUCCUCGCAUCAUGACUGCCAUGGUCGGAUACGGACGAGCAGUCUUCAAUUACCGGUCACAAUACUGGCUCUGGACCCCUAUCUGUGGACCGCUUGUUGGCGGCUUCACUGGCGCACUCUUCUAUGACCUCUUUAUCUUCACUGGCCGUGAAAGCUGGGUCAAUCGCCCGAACAAGGCAGCUCGCGAACACUUCGCUGAACCCCGUCCGUCCGAGCGCGCGAACCCCAUCGCUGGACCUCCCGCCACGCCGGAUGCCAACUCGGAAGAGAUCGUAUAA